GCGCAGUAAUGUCUUAAGCAUCGGUGGCAUGCGAUCCUGCGAUAAUUGAUAUCAAAUUACUCAUGAAAAUAAUUACCUCGGGAUUUCAUGAUAAUGCAGGAAUAUUUUUUUUUUUUAUGGAAGAUUUGUGUGUCGAUAAGUUGAUAGUGCGUGUGGUCAUGAAACGCGUCAUGAGAAUCCGCUGAUUAUGCGGUGGAAAUUCAAUAAUUUUCCAGAAAAAUGCGACAUUAUGGAAAAAAAAGUGAUUAUUUUAUUGAUCAGUUUAUUAACAGCAGAAGCUCUCAUUGGAUCGGCCACAGGGGAGCCGGAAGUCAGACUUCUUCAUGUGUUAUUUCGUCAUGGAGAUAAGAUCCCCCAUAAGGAGUAUCAGAACUAUCCGACUGAUCCUUGGGGGAAUCACUCGUAUUAUCCUAUCGAGAAUGGAGGCUUGACAAAUGAAGGAAAACGUCGUGAGUAUAAAAUUGGAGAAAUGUUGCGAGAGAGAUACGAUAAAUUUUUCGGCCCCCAUUACACCUCGGAGUUGAUCUACGGACAAUCAACAGAUAUCCCGAGGACCCAAAUGUCCCUUCAACUGGUCCUCGCGGGCCUAUUUCCACCCGCCGAGGAGCAAACGUGGAAUCCAAGACUUCCUUGGUUACCAGUCUUUACCACUUUCACCCCCAACGAAAAGGAUGGACUCCUCUUCCCCCAUCACUGCCCCGAAUACGUAGCCGAGUACAAUAAAUUCCUAAGUCAAGAUCACGUCCAGGAGAUGAUACGAAAAUACAAAGAGCCGAUGGAUUAUUUGACUCAACACACGGGAAAAACCGUUGAUAAAACAUCAGCAGUAUAUUAUUUAUAUAAUUUAUUCAAAGAACAGGCCGCACAAAAUCUGAGUCUCCCUCACUGGGUACACAAAGUUUAUCCAAAUCCUAUGAAAGAGAUCACGGCCCUGGAUUUUCAUCUCAGGUCGUACACGAAACGACUCAGACGUCUGAAUGGCGGUCCUCUCUUAAGAAAAAUAACUGAAAACAUGAAAGCUCUGAGAUCGGAAAAGCUGGAUCCACCCACUGUAAAAGCUUUCUUCUACUCAGCCCACGAGUUAAACGUCGUUUCUAUGGCACGAACUCUCGGCACCGACGAUCCCGUCAUCCCCCUGUACGGCUCAGCAAUAAUAUUCGAGACCCUUCAAGACGAGAAAAAUCGCUACUACGUAAAGGUGCUCCUGUGGACCGGAAUUACGGAGCAUCUGGUGAGCCAACGAAUUCCUGGUUGUCCUGAGCUCUGUCCCUUUGAGGACUUUCUCAACAUUUUACAGGAGGUAAUACCGAAUGAAAAGGAGGGCAACUGUUGGUCGUACAACGGCUAUGAAAAUAAAAUGGAUCGUCGUUUGUCCAAGGGCUCAUCCGGUUCAAAAAUCAUCGUCGAGUUCUCAACUCUCCUGACGUUAGUUAUAUUCUCUUUUAUGUUUAAUUAGUGUUGAGAAAAUAAUGAGAAAUAGACAAUUACUGGACGGUAUUACAUUGUUAACGAAACAUACAUUAUAACACACUAUGUGUUCUAUGAUUGUUAUUAAUUUUCACCGACGAAAUGCACUCAACAAAAAAUUUCCUUUGACGUUUCGUCCACGAUUUUUCACUAAUUAAUAAUCCACCGACGUUACCGAUCAUUCAAAAAUAAAUUCUCUCCAUUUCGCGUUAAAUUAGAGUAUUGAGCGGUCGAAUGCAACGAUAUAGAUAGAAUUCAGAUCGAUUCCUGGAUUUUCUACAGGCCCGAGGUGAAGAGUUCAAGAACCUCGUUUACCCCAAUAACACUUAGCAAAUCGUUACAGUGAGAAAUAUUAUAUUUCACCGUCAUUUAACCUUUGCGUUUAAAACAAGUUUUAAAAAUUCUCUAGCAUUACGUGUGGUAUAAAUUAUAGUUAAUACAUUAGUAUUUCCUCCUACCACGUGUAAUUCAUUGUUUAUUAAAUUUUAUUAAACCGCAUAAUAAUUAUAUUUAACGUAAAUAGUUACAAAAUGUAACUGGCUAUUGCCCGAAAACCUUCCGCCAGUUGUAAUCAUUAUUUUCAAUUAAUUAACUGGGCUUCAAUGCAAUUAAAUGUUAUCGUUAUCAUUGCCCUCAUUAUUCGGGUCAUUUUUCCAAAAAAAUCGUCAUAAUAAUCAUUUUAUUGUACCUGAAAUUUUCAGUCAUUCAAAAAUCAAAUUAAAGAAUCUCAUUAUCAUAAUCAUGUUGUCAUUCAAAAACAUGAUAUGAUUCUCCUGGAAAUAUGAUAACAUUCAAAAAUAUUUUCAGAAUUCUGACGUAAUUUAAUCGCAAAUUAAUUCAAAAUAGAUCAAAAUGAGAGAUAAAUUAAAUUGUAAUUUGUGUAAGAAAAUCAAAAAAUUGUUUAUGAUCUUUAGAAACUUAAUGGGUCACUAACAUUGAAGUUGAAAGUCAAUUCUAGACGUUGGACGAGACAAAAAAAUUAUUCUCUUAGCAACAGGUAGAAUUGGUGAGGUGUGAGAGUCUCGAGCAGUCACAAAGCUGCACUUUCUAUUGCCCACCCUCCCCCUUCGCC